AUGCUCAACAUUCUGAUGUCGAUGACAAAGGAGGGCGCCUCCGACGGCCCGCAGUUCGUCGCCCCGGCAAGUGAGUCAGGCGCCGCCCCUUUCCGAAGCAGGAAGGGGCAGGAAAGUGGCAUUCGUAUAAUCAUGUUCCGUGCAGAGACCAGCCGAGACACACUCAUCACCACUGCCUACAGAUUGCACCGCACUCGAUGGAGGAUCCUCGAACCGUACAGGUACUAACAGGGAGAGGGAAUAGGCUAGUUGAGUCGGGAGAGAAACCCUAUUCAAAACAGAAGAAACAUGCUUUUUUCUAUUCUUCCUGUUUUUAAGCAGUGACUGCAAAGUUGAGCUUCCUGGUCACCCGGAGAUGUCCAUGGACAUGUGCCGCAAAAGAAAGACUAAUAAGAAAAUAAUAGUUCCUGGAAUAUCUUUGAAUUCGUCCAAACUUCUCGGAAUUCCUGUUCAAGAGACCAAACAAAACACAAACGUUGAAUGCUUUUCACUCGUUUUUGCACCUCAACAAAGGCAUUCCAAUUAUGUUUUGCUCCCCAAACCAACCUUUGCCCCUGAAUAACUUUUUUCUGUUGCAGAAGGCUCAAGAACGCGCUGAAAAAACUGCAAGAGGACUAUUUGAAGUCGAAGGAAGCGAACGCUCUCAUGAGAUACGUGAAAUUGGGUCAGUCCGUCCGCGAGGUGGCGAUGCUCGAGAAGCAGUACUGGAAACUGCUGAACAUACCGGCGCAGGAGGGCACCGAAGAUGCCAAUUGUUACGUUGUCAAGUGAGAGAUUCUGAUGAUUAAGAUACUUGAAACGGAACGGAUUUCUUUCAGAAUAAUUGAGCUGCUGGAGGAGACUCCGACUCAGCUGCCGCCCACGCGUGGAAUCGGAGCGCUUCUGCAGUCGACAAUCGGGAAACCGGCGGAAUCGAAUGUGGACACGGUACUUUACGAUUCACUCAAAGGUUUUCCUAUUUUCUCAGUGCACAAUUCCCGGAAUCGUUCUCUUUUUUCCAGCUCGGAAGUCAGACGAACUCGUGAAGGAAUGCGAGGCGCUCUACGCCCAACUGUACCGUCUCACCAAGAAAUAUUUGGGACUCCGUCGUCUCAUUAAGGUUCCUCCCUUUUAAAAUUGCAUCUCAACGUCUUCUGUAUUGCAGGAAUUGCACGACAAAUAUGACGCGACGCGCAUGUUUCCGAUCGUUCCGCGGUAUGCAAUGCUGAAAAAGAUGAUUAAGGCGACGUUGAGAGCUCCGGAAUUCGCGGACAUUUGUCACGAGCAAACCGAAUAA